CACUUUCUGGGCAGCUUGUCUCCUCUUUGUUCAUCGUUACAUACCUACUUCCCCCCCCCCAAAUGGAUUUACAACACGGUACCAACUUUUAUAAAGUAGUCUCCAAACAUGCUUCUGAAAACUCCACCACAGCCGCUGCGGUGCUAGGGCUUGCUGCCUGUGCUUGGUUAUUACUUCGAUCCUCGAAGGACAGCAAAAACUAUGAAACCGAUGCGAUUGAAAUACCAACACCCUGUAGCUCACUUCCUUACUUUGGCCACAUGUUUGCACUUGGGAAAAAACCUAUUACGCAGUUGACUAACUGGAACAAGGAACUAGGUCCGAUUAUCUCUGUUAAGAUGGGAGUAAGGCAAUGGGUAGUUGUGAGCGACCCUUUUCUCGCUCAUGAAAUAUUCAAUGUCAACGGAAGGUUUACCUCUGAAAGACCACAGACACCAUUCUUUUCCGACCAUUAUGCUAUGGGUGGCAAAGGAAUUGCAGGUGCUAACCCGUCAUUGUUAUGGAAAAAAACUCGGGCGGCUGUAUUCCAGAUCCUCUCACCCAAAAACCGGCCCGCGUUCGAUAAAUUGCAUAUCCCUGAAGCCGACAUGCUGAUUGAGAACCUUUUGGCUGCUACGGAUCGAGACGGUUCUGUGGAUGUCAUGCCAUUCUUGCUAUUUACUGCGGUCAAUGUGAUUGCCACUACAUGUUUUGGAAAAAGAGCAGAGAGCACGGACGAUCCACUCUUUAAAAAUAUUACUGAGUGGAUGCACGAAGCAUCUCAUCUAGCAUCAGCUGCAGAGGAAAUGAGCGGUUUCCUUCCUAUCCUGUCGAUCUGGGACGUGCUGUCUCAGAAAAGGAAAAGAAUGCAGCGUUUUGUUGAGCGACGCACUACUUCCCUCCAACAGCUGGUUGCGGAAGUGAUUGAAAACGACGUGGAGUGCUUUACCAAAUCACUGCUUCAGCAGCAAGAAAUUAGUGACGACAACGAAAAUCUUUUGGUGACAUUGUCUGAUAUGGCACUUGCUGGCGGAGAAACGACUGCCGUGAUGCUGGGAUGGUCAAUGGCAAUUCUGUGUCGUUAUCCUAAAGUUCAAAAAUCGAUUCGCGAAGAGCUGGAUCAAUUCAUUCGUACCUACGGAAGGCUUCCUACUUUUGAAGAUCGAGAUUGCGUGCCGUAUUGCAUAUCUGUUCAGAAGGAAUGCAUGCGCUAUCGCUCAAUAACCCAUCUUGGACUGCCCCAUGUUAGCAAUCAAGAGAUUAUAUGCGGUGGAUAUCGCAUUCCGAAAGGAGCGACUCUAUUUUGCAAUAUGCAGGCUAUGCAUAGAAACGAGUCUUUCUACAGCGAUGCACACGCGUUCGUGCCAGAUCGGUACCUUCGUGAUCUCAAACCCAUGCAUUCUUCAGCAAAUUCACAAGUGGAAGGACGCGACCAUUUUAACUUUGGUUGGGGAAGGAGAACCUGUCCUGGCGCUUUUCUGGCCGAGCUAGAAAUAUUCAAUGUAUAUGUACGACUAUUUUCCAAGUGUGUCAUUGAACCAGUUGCCAACGAAGAUGGUGUACCUGUAUAUCCGGAUUUGGACACGUUUGACGAAGGAGGUGUCGUCACGUUGCCUUACAAACCUGUCAUGCGCGUUGUCAGACGCACGGAUCCUGUCGUGUACUGAUGGAUUUUAUUUUGCUUUUAACCCUUAGGAUUAUAAAUAAAUAUCAUAAAAGAAGAGUAGCUGCAGUUCUAGUCUGUAAAAUAUUAGCUUCUCCUCUCCUCUCUUCUAUUGAUGUGUUUGGUUUCGCGGA